CCAGUAGUCGACUAUUAGCCUCCUGUGCUGUGGAGGUAAUUCUUGUUCGGACUGAGAGAGACGCGUCGAGGAUCAAAUACAAUGCUGAAGGCACUGUUAUUGCUAGCGCUAGCUGCGCUAUGCAUGGGAGCAUCACCAAAGACCAGCGGUAAGACAGCCGACAUGGACUUCCUUCACAAACAGAAGAAGAUCUACGAACUGCUAUUUUUUGUGAAGCAAAACACUCUCACCGACGCUGAAUUCUACGAUGUAGGCCGCAACUAUGACAUCGAGACCAACAUCGACCUGUACACUGACAAGUCUAUCGUACAGGAGUUUUUGUACUUGUAUAAACAAGGCAUGCUCAAUCGCAAUGCCAUCUACUCGCCAUACUACGAGGAACAACGUGAAGAGAUGAAGAUUCUCUUCAAGCUCUUUUACUGCGCCAAAGACUUCCAGACUUUCUACAAGACCGCUGCUUGGGCGCGCCUUUACAUGAACGACGGCAUUUUCACAUCAGCAUUCACCGCCGCUGUCUUCUACCGACCUGACUGCAAGUAUAUGAGACUGCCGGCUCCUUACGAGAUCUAUCCCAAUCUGUUCUUUGAUAGUGAUGUCAUUCAGCAGUCCCACGACAUCAAGAUGACUCGUGGUCUCGGCUCUGCCAAUAUUGACAACGUGGACAGCUACAUGAUCUAUGCCAACUAUUCCGGAAACAUGGCAAGACCCUAUUUCGAUGACGAAUACAAACUGGACUACUGGAUGGAGGAUCCCAGUUUGAACGCCUACUACUACUAUCUUCGCGAAGUGAUGCCGUUCUGGCUCGACAUAAAGGACAUCAAGGAUCUCGACAUGCCGAAGGAUUUCCGCGGUUAUUUCUAUUAUUUCCAGCACAAGCAGUUGUUGAAUCGCUACUAUUUGGAACGUAGAUCCAACGAUCUGAGCAACAUCGAGGACUUCGACUGGAACAAACCAUUCUAUCCUGGCUACUACUCGACUCUGAUGUACAACAACGGAAUUCUGAUGCCUCAGCGUUCUCGCUACGAAAAUAUACCGUUUUACAAAUACAAAUAUCUGAAGGAAAUUGAAGCUUUAGAGAUGCGCCUCAUGAACGCCAUCGAUCUCGGCUACGUGUACGACAAAAACGGCAAACAGGUCAACAUCUACACACCCGAAGGUUUGAACAUCCUCGCGAACCUGAUCGAAGGCAACAUGGACUCGUGCAACCCACGCUUCUACGGAAAUUACGACGCUCUCGCCCGGAACAUCCUCGGUUUUAACUUCGAUUACAAGGACAAGAACAAGAUGAUACCCAGCGCGCUUCAGAGCUACAGCACCAGCAUGAGAGAUCCAGGAUUCUACCGUAUGUUAAAGAGAAUAUUCAAGAUGUUUUUCCUCAGAUAUAAGAAAUACAUGCCGUACUACAACCAGAACGAGCUUAUCUUCCCUGGCAUCAAAUUUGAGUCCGUGAAUAUGGACAAGUUGGUCACCUACUUCGACAACUACGACACGUUCAUCAACAACGCUAUCUCUGUAGAGAACUUCAAGGACGGAAUGAAGCUGCGCGUGAAGGCUCGCCGUUUCUGUCUCAACUACAAACCGUUCACCUACCGCUUCAAAAUCAACAGCGACAAGGAGACCAAAGCCAUGCUCAAGAUCUUCCUCGGACCCUCGUUUGAUGACGACAACAUCAACGACAUGCAGUAUCUUCGCGAUUAUAGCAAAUUUUUCGUGGAGAUGGACAAAUUCAUCGUAACACUGAAACAAGGUUCGAACACGAUCGAACGCCGCAGCUCCGACUCCGCCUACACGAUGCCUGACAUGAUGUCCAGCGAUAUGUUCUGGACGAAGUUGGAGAAGGCUAUAAGUGGCAACGAGCCGUUUACGUAUUACGAGAAGAUCUUCAAUUACCCCGAGCGUCUGACACUGCCGAAAGGCAAACCCGAGGGCAUGCGGUUUAAGAUGUUCUUCUAUCUGAGCCCGCUCGAUGAAACGAAGAUGUCGUACGUGGAACUGCCGAUCUUCGGCAAAAUGAUGCUGGACGGAAAACCGUUCGGCUUCCCGUUCGACAGACCGAUGUAUAUGUGGAAAUCCUCGAUGCCAAAUAUGAUGAUGAAAGACGUAUACAUUUAUCACACGACGGAAUCCGAGAAAGCGAACUUUUAAGUUAUCCUGCUUGACUUACGCAAACUUCCGUAGAUUAUUGAAAGUUUAGCGUAAAUUAUUACCUGAAAAUCUGUGCACAGAUAAUUCAUAUUCUCUUUUUUCAAUAAAGAAUGCUGAAAAAUUA